AUGCACCUCCACCACCUCCUCCUCCUCCCGGCCGCCCUCGUCGCGGCCUGGGACGCCCCCUCCUACUCCGGCUUCACCCGCAUCUGGCAAGACAACUUCGCCGGCGCCGCCGGCGCCGCCAUCAACACCGCCAACUGGAACAUCAUCACCAACCUGCGCGUCAACAACGAGCUGCAGGACUACACCACCUCACGCGCCAACCUGCAGCUCUCGGGCGGCAGCACCGUGCAGAUCGUGCCCUGGCGCGACGCCGCCGCCUCCAACGGCUGGACCUCCGCGCGCAUCGAGUCCAGGUACACCUUCACGCCCGCCGCGGGCCGCCUCACGCUCGCCGAGAGCUACAUCCGCUUCGGCGACAACGCCAUCGCGAACAAGAAGGGCAUGUGGCCCGCCUUCUGGAUGCUCGGCGACGCGAUCCGCAACGGCGUCGGGUGGCCGCGCUGCGGCGAGCUGGAUAUCCUCGAGACGGUGAAUGGUGUGUUGACGGGGUACGGCACGGUGCACUGCGAUGCCAACCCCGGCGGCGCGUGCAACGAGCCCAACGGGAUCGGGGCGGCGACGGGAAUUCCGGAUCAGGGGUGGCACUCGUGGCGGGUGCAGAUCGACCGGAGGUCUAACUACUGGCAGACGGAGAGCAUUACAUGGUUCCGCGACGGGGUGCAGUUUCACCAGAUUACCGGCGCGCGGAUCGGCAGUGAGAGCAUCUGGAACACGCUUGCGCGCGCACCGCUCUUUUUUAUCUUGAAUGUUGCUGUGGGAGGCAACUGGCCCGGUAACCCCGACGGCAACACCUUGGGUGGUUACGGAAGCAUGAUGGAGACCGCCUACGUGGCCGUCUACCAGUCGAACUAG